CCUUGGCAACCAAGGCAAGGCAGAGCUCGUCAUUGCACCAUUUUCGCUGGUGGCCAUCUUGAGUGAGGGCGAGCCAGAGAAUGAGAGAGCUGUAGCAGAGCUGGUGGGACGCCGCCCCUCAUCAUUCCUUUUCAUUCUGCAUGAUCUAGAACUCAGAAAAUUAGAAAGGAACCCAAAGGCACAUAGCCUUGAGGGCUAAAGAACUCAAGAAGAGAAAAACCCCUUCCUGACCACAAUAAAGAUGGCGAAAUCUGCUUAAGGGUCGUGCUAGAUUGUGGUUACGUAGGCCGGCGUGCUGCAAACCAGCUCUGGGCGGCUCUGGAUAGGUUGUGGUUCUGCCGGGUGCGGAACGGAGACUUCGGCUAGACGCUGCUGAGGUGAUAUCUGCGCUUCUUUCUGAGAACUGCGGUUUUCGGGCCUGCGGUCACUCGCAUCUGUGUCCAGAGCCGGGCUGAUUCUUUCAAUUUACCUUGCCCUUAUGUGUACCAGAAUCAGUGCUGCUGCAUAGUUUGAGCCCAAUAAGAUUCACUUUACAAAUGAGGUAUUUAAGUCACAUCUGCCAAGACAUAUGAUUUGAAUGAAACUUUAACUGAUAACAAGUUUUCAUAUUUAUUUAACCUAAGUUAUCAGCUGUCUGCAGUUACUCAUAACCGAGGUGCUUGGUCCUCAAGGAGAGGGAUAAGAACUGCCAAUCUUAGAUGCUGAGAACCUUCUGUAUAAUCAUACCUGUGAAAUCAUUCAUGUGCUGAAAGCCCCAAAGGGAGCAUAAACCAGGGAUUUUGGUAUCAUGCAGCAGAAGACCAAAUUAUUUCUCCAAGCUCUGAAGUAUAGUAUUCCUUACCUCGGGAAGUGCAUGCAGAAACAGCAUUUGAAUCACUGUAACAUCGCUGCUCAUUAUUACAAUAGAAUAAAGUUGAGAAAAUAUCACCUAACCAAGUAUCUGCAGAAUAAACACAAGAUACCAGAGUUAGCAAGAAACAUCCCAAGUCGGAGCUUCUCCUGUAAGGAUCUUCUGCCUAUUAAACAAGAAAACAAAAAAUCACUUUCAGAAAACAUGGAUGCAUUUGAAAAAGUGAGGACAAAAUUAGAAACACAACCACAAGAAGAAUAUGAAAUUAUCAACGCAGAGGUAAAACAUGGUGGUUUUGUUUAUUACCAAGAAGGUUGCUGCUUGGUUCGUUCAAAAGAUGAAGAAGCAGACAAUGAUAAUUAUGAAGUUUUAUUCAACUUGGAGGAACUUAAAUUAGACCAGCCCUUCAUUGAUUGUAUCAGAGUUGCUCCAGAUGAAAAAUAUGUGGCUGCCAAAAUAAGAACUGAGGAUUCUGAAGCAUCUACCUGUAUAAUUGUGAAGCUCUGCGAUCAGCCUGUAAUGGACACUUCUUUCCCAAAUGUGUCCAGUUUUGAAUGGGUAAAGGAUAAGAAAGAUGAAGAUGUUUGAUUCUACACCUUCCAGAGGAACCUUCGCUGUCAUGAUGUAUAUCGUGCCACUUUUGGUGAUAACAAACGUAUGAACGUUUUUACACAGAAAAGACCCAAGGUAUUCUAUUUUGUUUUCCUUUAUCUUACAAAGGACAGUCGUUUCCUCACUAUUAAUAUUAUGAACAAGACCACUUCUGAAGUGUGGUUGAUAGAUGGCCUGAGCCCUUGGGACCCACCAGUACUUAUCCAGAAGCGAAUACCUGGAGUCCUUUACUAUGUUGAACAUAGAGAUGAUGAAUUAUACAUUCUCACUAAUGUUGGCGAGCCUACAGAAUUCAAGCUAAUGAGAACAGCAGCUGAUACACCUGCUAUUAUGAAUUGGGAUUUAUUUUUCACAAUGAAGAGAAAUACCAAAGUUGUAGACUUGGACAUGUUUAAGGAUCACUGUGUUCUAUUCCUGAAGCACAGCAAUCUACUUUAUGUUAAUGUGAUUGGUCUGGCAGAUGAUUCAGUUCGGUCUCUAAAGCUACCUCCUUGGGCCUGUGGAUUCAUAAUGGAUACAAAUUCUGACCCAAAGAACUGCCCCUUUCAGCUUUGCUCUCCAAUACGUCCCCCCAAAUAUUAUACAUAUAAGUUUGCAGAAGGCAAACUCUUUGAGGAAACUGGACACGAAGACCCAAUCACAAAGACUAGUCGUGUUUUACGUCUAGAAGCCAAAAGCAAGGAUGGAAAACUAGUGCCAAUGACCAUUUUCCACAAAACAGAUUCUGAAGACUUGCAGAAGAAGCCUCUCUUAGUACAUGUAUAUGGAGCUUAUGGAAUGGAUUUGAAAAUGAAUUUCAGACCUGAAAGACGGGUGUUAGUGAAUGAUGGAUGGAUAUUAGCAUAUUGCCAUGUUCGGGGUGGUGGUGAGUUAGGCCUCCAUUGGCACACAGAUGGCCGUCUAACUAAAAAGCUCAAUGGCCUUGCUGACUUAGAAGCUUGCAUUAAGACGCUUCAUGGCCAAGGCUUUUCUCAGCCAACCCUAACAACCUUGACUGCUUUCAGUGCUGGAGGGGUGCUUGUAGGAGCAUUGUGUAAUUCUAAUCCAGAGCUCCUGAGAGCUGUGACUUUGGAGGCACCUUUCUUGGAUGUUCUCAAUACCAUGAUGGACACUACACUUCCUCUGACACUAGAAGAAUUAGAAGAAUGGGGGAAUCCUUCAUCUGAUGAAAAACACAAGAACUACAUAAAACGUUACUGCCCCUAUCAAAAUAUUAAACCUCAGCAUUAUCCUUCAAUGCACAUCACAGCUUAUGAAAACGACGAACGUGUACCUCUGAAAGGAAUUGUCAGCUAUUCUGAGAAACUCAAGGAAGCCAUCACUGAGCAUGCUAAGGACACAGGUGAAGGCUAUCAGAUCCCCAAUAUUAUUUUAGAUAUUCAGCCUGGAGGCAACCAUGUAAUUGAGGAUUCUCACAAAAAGAUUUCAUCUCAAAUAAAAUUCCUGUAUGAGGAACUUGGACUUGACAGCACCAGUGUUUUUGAGGCUCUUAAGAAAUAUUUAAAAUUCUGAAAUGCCACAUUCAUCUGGGAAUUGGAAAUCUUGAAAUAAUUCAUGGUAUUACUUCCAACUGGAUUAACAAGAGUGAGAUUUUUCAGUUACUAAACAAUUUUUUAAAAUUUGCAUCUCCAUCCAAAUUGUGCUUAGUCUACAUCUCCCUUGCUUUUCCUCAUUCUUUUCACUCAUGCACAUGCCCCUAAAUCUACAAAAGUAGUUUUCAAAUCAUGCACCUUUGAAGGUAGGGGAUAUAGGAGUAGGGGACAAGGGAGGGAUUGGUGACUGCAGGACUCCAGGUCGUCCCUCCCAACAACUGGAACUUCUGUUGUUUUUGUCUGUAAGAUUUUCUUCGAACAGUUUACAAAUCAAUAUCCUGCCUUUUUAGCCAGUGAACAUUUUUAGACCCUGUAGCAGUGGAUCAUCCUCCAGCUUCAAUGACUGCAUUAAGUUAAUUAGAUCUUUCAAAUAAUCUGGGAUCCUAAAGUGAUCUAGUUAUCUCAUUGAUGCUAUCCCAAUAAAGUUACAGGUUGCUACAAGUGAUAAUUUCCUCUUAAAUAUUUUUUUAUUCUUUAAAAACAUUUGAGAACUGUUCCUAAAGCAGUUACAUUCAAGCUACAGAACCGUCUAAGAAUUAAUGACUAGUCUUCAUCAAGGUUACCCAGCAGGAACCUGUACAUGAAGCUACUGCAAAAGCUUAUACUAAAAAUGAAUGCCGGUGUCUUCAUCUCUUUCACAGAGAGGUGCCUAACACAAGCUGUACAGUAUGUUUAAUAUGCUAGAAUAGCAUGCCCGAUUGGAAACAAAGCAUCUCUCUUUGAGCUCUGUUUGAUGAUGAAGGAGAGUCUUCAUUUUGUAAUCGAGGAUGAGUCCUUCUCCUUUGUCCAGUAUAAUGGCAUUUGUUUCAACCUGACUGCCUUGGGUGGCAGUAUUGGUACUUAACCUUAUGCUCACUUUUGAGGGAAGUCCUGGAAGCAUUUCCUGUAGAUUUACCUUUGAGGCUGAUUCUCCAAAAUUCAGAACCAUGGUAAAGACUCUGUCCAUUCCAUCCAACUCUCGUGUGUACACAACAAAAUUGUUCUCGUUCCACACAUGGCAAAACCAGCCCCUGCUGAGGAGUAGCUCAUUGGCAUGAAGUAAACUUAAUUCUUGAUAUAACUUCAACGUUGAUUUGAACUGAGUCUUUUGGACCUAUUUUUUUUUAAAAAAAAGUAUUUACAUAAAUGUUUGAUUCAAAGAAUGUUUUUAAAAUUAUUUUAGUAUCCAAGAAAAAAUUAUUUCCCAAAAAACUUGCUUUAAAUUUUGUCCCUUAAAAUAAAUAUCAAAUUGUAAGUAUUAAUCUACAAAAUUGUAAGUAUUAAUAAGUAAAUAAGAAUAAUUUUUAUCGACACUGAUAAGUUGCAAAUUCAGGGUUUCAAAUUGUCUGGGAGCCAAUGAAGUCUGCAAAAUGCUCUUUUACACCUUAGCCAGAUUUGACUCCUCUUUAGGAAUCCCAGAAAAAAUGUCCAUGUCAAAGUUAGUAGAUAUUUAACUUGACUAAAUGAAGUCACUGUAUGCUAUAUUGUGCUGCCAAAUGCCUGGGGAAAAAGCUACCAUGGCCAUGGGCCCUUGAGAACUUCUGAUUAAUUUGGGCUUAUCUGUUCUCUUGUAAAACACUGUACACUGCUGUUGUGCAAAGAUCAUGUAACUUCAGCAGGUUUAUUUCUUGCAUAGCUAGUGUUAGAACAAAGUUACAAAAAGGAUGUAAAACAAAAGUCAGAAAAAUUUUUUUACUAUAAAAGUAAUAUUCAUUAAAGAAAAUUUGGGUUUAUUUUAUAGCUAUAUAAAAAACAUCCAUAAUUUAAUGUACUUUUGUGUUUUUUUUUUUCCUUUAACAUUUCAGGAACUUCCCCCAGUUAUAUAUUACAUAGCCUCCAUAAAUGUCAUUUUAAGGACAAAAUAGUAUUCUGUUGAAUGGUUAUACCAUACUUAACAAUUCCCUUUCAACAUUUUGAGUUUUUAUAUAUAAAACAUUUGAGUAUAUAUUCUCUCCCCACCCCACCCCUGUAUUUGGAUUAUUUCUUUAGGGUAGGUCAUCAAAAAGACAAUUAUGAGGUCAAAGAAUAUGGAACACCUGUUACUUAAUGCCAAAUUAUUCUUCAUAAGAUUUGUUGCCAAAUCAGUGAUAAUCUUCAUUUCAUUGUACACUUGCCAGGGGGUGGGGGUGGGUGUAGUUGUGUUCUUGUUGAUGUUGUUGCUGUUGUUUGUGGGUGGGUGUGUAAUAUGUGGUCUUUAAUGGAUAUCUAAUGAAUGGAAAAGUUUAUUCUCUUGUUUUUCAGGUACAGAAGUAUUUAUGGUACCCAUGUAUAUGACUUGUCAUAGUUAUUUCUGUAACCUUAGAUAAUGCAUGUAAAGCACAUCAUUCAGUGCCACUCCCAUAAGAAGUAAUGAAUAAGUGUUAGGCUAUUGCUUUUGUCUACCUGAUUUAUCAUUUCUAGAAGUAUGUUAAAGUCUCUCUCUGUAAUUGUAGAUUUCUCAAUUUCUCUUUGCAUGUCUCAGUGUAUUUGUUUUAUAUAUUUUGAAGCUAUCAUUAGAUGCAUAAAGAUUCAUGUUUUUUAGUAGAAUGUUCUUUUAUCAUUUUUUUAAAAGUCACCUUUGUUUCAUAUAGUGCUUUUCACAUUGAAUUCUAUUUUGUCUUCUAUUAAAUAUUUCAACCCCUGCUUAUUGUAACUUUAUUCUUUGACUAGGAAAUACAUGCACAUACUAUAAGAUAUAAGUACUAAAAGAGUUGGUGUUCUUCAACACCUGCUCCUAAUUUCUCAGUUCCCCUUCCAGAGACACACUACUGCCAUUUCUGUAUUCUUUCAUUUAUAUCUAUCAUGUGAAAUUAUGUUUUGUGCUUAUUCAGACAUGGAGAUAUUUUAAAUGUCAUAUUACUAGCAUUUAGCACACUUUUUUUCUUAUUUAAUAUAUCUUGGAAAUGGUCUCAUCUCAUAUCAAAAAAAAAUAGAGCUCUUUUUAAAAACUGCAUACUAUUCCACUGUAUAGAUUAACCAUAAUUAGCAGGUUUUCUAUUAAUAAAAUAUUUAGAUUAUUUCCAGUCUUCUAUUAAGAACAAUGCUGUAGAGGAGAACCUUGCAUAUUUUAUCAUUGUGCACAUGUGCAAGUAUGUAUAGGAUAAAUUUCUAGGCAUGGAAUUACUAGGUGAAAAAGGUAAAGGCAUAUUUUGUUUUGAUAGUAUGUAGCCAGAUUGUAAACUUUCCUUCUGUUAGCAUUUGCCUGGAUUGUUUAUCUUGUUUCUGAAUCUGAGAAUUUUUAUCUUUUAAUAGGUGAAUUGAAUCCAUUCAUAUUUGUGAUUACCAUGGUUUUAGACAUAAUUCCUGCCACUUUAUUUUAUCUCAUUUUCUUCCUCUUAGCCUUUUAUUUGAUCAAUUGGCUUUAUGUAGUUUUUUUCCCUUCUAUAUUGUUGGAAAUUAUAUAUUUAUGUCUCUUCUUCUAAAUAGAUGCCCUUAAAAUUUUAAUGAACAUUUUAAAAUAUACUUUUCUCAGUAUCUAGAAUCAUGCUGUCCAACAGAUGAUUAUAUCACUUCUUGAUGGCAUCAUUCCUUUCUAGGGCUAUUGUGAAUGUAUUUUAUUAAAGUAGCAUUGGCUAAAAUUUA